ACUCUGCUCGCUCCUUCCCUCCCUGGUUUCUUCAUUCUGGCCGGCCCUCUUUUCAGUUGCUCAUUUCGCUGGAGUCUCGCACCUCUCUCCGGUCUUGUUCACCGCAUACUCCACUGUGAUCCGCUUUCCAUUAACGCUUGUUUGCUCAAGACCCUGCUCCACCCCUCCAAUCCUCACGCCCUGCGAAACCGCGUGUAAAGUAUGUUAACGUCGCUCUCGGAUCCCUCGCUUUUUCCCACUGUCACCCGUAAGCUCCGCCCUUCUACCCUGUGCUAAGGACCGGACCGGACCAGACAGACUGCUCUACGGAAUCUCCACUGCGCUGUUGCUUCUCAUCGCUGACCCGCCUCUCGAAACAUCGUCUACACGAAGUCUUGCAAUGGAGGCUGAACCUAAAGGCUCAAUAGAGGAUUACAGGAGGAACUUUGAAGAGGCCACUCUGCACCAGUUCCUCAGAGGCAUCUCCUCCCUGUUAUCUGUGCUGGAGCUCGCGGUCAGCGCGCCGUCUGAGGAACUCGACAGCUCAUUGUGCGAGGAGAUCGAGGAUAAGGCCAAGGAGGCACAGAGGGAGAUCCUGGCUGCAGAGGAGGCUGCCAGCAACAUUGUCACUCUCAUUGAUACAGGCUGCGAGAAGCUGACGUCUCAGCAAGGCAAGCUGAGCAGGAGGCAAGAAGAGCUCCAGGCAGGCUUGGAGGCCACACAGGAGCAACUGGCUGGCUUGGCCGAUCAGCGGAAGCGGCUCAAAGGGCAGGUCCACAGUGCCAACAUGUCGCUCAGGCAGGCAAAGCAGACCCUGGCACUGGCCAGGGCCAAACUGGGUGAGAAGCGGACUGGGAGAGACAUCGGUAUUGGGCUGACAUUUGUUAUCCCAUGUAUUGGGAUCCCAAUGGCGGUGUCCUUUGAGAAGGAGCGGGUGUUCAGGAAGUCGGAAGUGGAGGCGGCCUCGAAGGAGCUUGCGCAGGUGGUGGCGGGCAUCAAGAAGGACGAGGAGGAGCUGGCUCGGAUCGAGGAGCGGGUACCGGAACUGGAGAAGGAGGCAGAGAAGGCGGCUGAGGCACUGAGCAAGGUGAAGGGAGAGUUGCUAGAGCUCAAGCAGAUGCGCAUUUCGCUGGCUGAGGCACAGUGCCAACUCAAGAGCUGCACCCAGUACCUGUCCACCCUCCACGGACACGUGAAGGCGCUGGAAACCCAGAGCCAGCACCUGUAUAGCCUAGGCCCGGUCAUACCCCUGGUCGUCAUGGCUUGCGAACAAGUCCAGGAGAGGGUGCCAGGCAACGAGUUCCUGCUGAUGGCACCGCAAGCCCGUUCAGUCCUCCACACUCUGGGGAGCACGUUACCCAGACUGAAGGAAAGGAACAAGGCACAAACCGAGGGCCACUUCUGAGACAACGCGCCCAGCAGUAACUACCAAGUGCAAACUUCUCACCCCUGCCCACCCAGAUGCCGCCUAGCCCUCUGAGUGGAACACACAGUCCACAGAACAUAGAACAGUACAGCACACUAUGUUUUUUAGCCCAGAAGGGCGUGCUGACCUUUUAAUCUACUCUGAGAUCAAUCUAAUACUUCACUCCUACAGACUCCUCCAUUUUGCUAACGUCAAUGUCCCUAUUUCACAAAAUCUAAAAUUACCCUCAUAUAUCUGCCUCAACCACCACCCAGGCAGUGUUCCCGGUACCUACCACUCUGUGUGUAAAGUACCUACCUCUGACAUCACCCUCUCCCCACCCCACGCUUUCAUUCUAUCACCUUAAAAUUGUGCCUUCUCGUAUUAGUCAUAGAAACAUACAAAACCUACAGAAAAAUACAGGCCCUUCGGCCCACAAUGCUGUGCCAAACAUGUACUUACAUUAGAAAUUACCUAGAGUACUCUAUUUUUCUAAGCUCCAUGUACCUAUCCAGUAGUCUUUUAAAAGACCCUAUCAUAUCUUCCUCCACCAGCGUCACUGGAAGCCCAUUCCACGCACUCACCACUCUCUGCGUAAAAACUUACCCCUGACAUCUCCUCUGUACCUCCUUCCAAGCACCUUAAAAAUGUGCCCUCUCGUGCUAGCUAUUUCAGCCCUGGGAAAAAGCCUCUGACUAUCCACAUGAACAAUGCCUCUCGUCAUCUUUUUCACCUCUAUCAGGUCACCUCUCAUCCUCUGCCGCUCCAAGGAGAAACGGCCGAGUUCAGUCAACCUAUUCUCAUAAGGCAUGUUCCCCAAUCCAGGAAACAUCCUUGCAAAUCUCCUCUGCAGCCUUUCUGUUUCCAUAUCCUUCUUGUAUUGAGGUGACCAGAACUGAUCACAGUACUCCAAGUGGGGUCUGACCAGGGCCCUAUAUAGGUGUAACAUUACCUCUCGGCUCUUAAACUCAAUCUCACGGUAGAUGAAGACCUACCAAAAUGAAUCACCUCACACUUAUCUGUGUUGAACUCCAUCUGCCACUUCUCAGCCCAGUUUUGCAUCCUAUGGAUGUCCCACUGUAACCUCUGACAGCCCUCCACACUAUCCACAACACCCCCAACCUUUGUGUCAUCAGCAAAUUUACUAAUCCAUUCCUCCACUUCCUCAUCCAGGUCAUUUAUAAAAAUCACGAAGCGAGGGGGGUCCCAGAACAGAUCCCUCAGGUACACCACUGGUCACUGACCUCCAUGCAAAAUAUGACCCAUCUACAACUACUCUUUGCCUUCUGUGGGCAAGCCAUUUCUGGAUCCACAAAGCAAUAUCCCUCCAAUCCCAUGCGUCCUUACUUUCUCAAUAAGCCUUGCAUGGGGUACCUUAUCAAAUGCCUUGCUGAAAUCUAUGUACACUACAUCUAUUGCUCUACCCUCAUCAAAGUGUUUAGUCAUAUCCUCAAAAAAUGUAAGCAGGCUCGUAAGCACGACUUGCCUUUGACAAAGCACACUGACUAUUCCUAAUCAUACCCUUGUCAUUUUCACUUUGUGAAGAAGUCUUUGGAUGUUCAUUCAAUCUACGCUUCUUAUGAUCUUGUACAUUUCAAUCAAUUCACAUUUUAUCAUCCUCUGCUCCAAAGCAAAAAAGCCCUAGCUUGCUCAAUUUAUCUUCAUAAAACUGCCCCUUAAUCCAGGUAGCAUUCUGUUAAAUCUCCUCUGCACGUUUUCUAAAGCUUCCACGUGCUUCCAGAUUAAAGACAAUAUUCCAUGUGUGCUUGAACUGCAGUUUUAGAGAUCUGCAGCAUUAUCUCACAGCUCUUGAACUUAACUCCUGAGUAAUGAAGGCCACCACAUCAUGUCCAUUUUCUCCAGCAUUUUUCUGUUCCGGUACAGUUUGUUGCUGUAUGCUUGCUCACUCAUUACUCUGUACACACCCCUCAGACAGAUCGGCUGAAAUUAACAAGAAGUGACUCCUCCUCCCUCUCAGGUGGACCAACAUCAUAGACCCUCCUGGACAGCACCUAUUUCAGAUAAUCCCUUUGCUGUCCUCCAGCGCCCCCCACCCCCCACCACCACACACACACACACACAUCUCUUCUCUGUUCUGAAGAAGGGCCUUCGACUAGAAACGUUAUCGGUUUCCUAACCUGCUGGGUGUUUCCAACAAUCUCCAUCUUCUGAAGGAAAAUGAACUUUCUAAGAUAGCAACUCAUAUUGUAACUUGAAAUUAAGGGGAUGUAUUAAGGGAUUGCAGGAUAGAGAUACCUCUCUGCCCUGCAGGUCACUCUUGGGUAAUAUAUAGCAGCUGCUUUGCCCCGCUCAGUGCCACAUGAAGCCGAGGAAGCAGGUGGUGGAUGGUGGUAUGAACAGCUGGUGCUUAUCACAAGUCCAGGUUAUGCGAACACUGACACCAGGCAGGCAAUCUCUGAAGAGUAUUGAUAAUGGGGCCACCUGUCUUGUAAAGACACUGCCCAGAAGAAAGCAAUGGCAAACCAGUACUGUAGAAAUAUUUGCCAAGAGCAUUCAUGGCCAACAGGUGGAAGACAAUGAUCGCUCACGUCAUAUGACAUGGCACAUAAUGAUGAUGAUUAAGAGCUAAUGCAGUUAUUGUGUAAAUCACCAGGUCGACCCCAGCAGUAUAAAGAACUGAAGAAGACCAUUCAUCACAUUAUGUCUAUGCUGCUAAUUGGAAUCUCUAAAAUUAUUUACAUAUGUGCUCUUCAGCUAGACUUUCUUUUUUAAGUAUUUGUCCAAUUUCCCCUUGGAAGUCACUCAGCUACACCCUGGAUGAAGCUGGUACUUGUUUAUCCUGCACACGGACCCAUUAUCAAGAAAAUCCUGUCGGGGCAGAUAUCUGGUGCAAGCGAAUGGGAGCACAGACGGGAUGUGGGAAUAUUCACACUUAGUAUAUCAUAUGGGGAUCUUAACCCAACUAUUACCAGUGAAAACUGUUACCCGGGACAAGGAUGACCACGAAGAGAGUGAGGAGUUUGAGGUCACGAUGGGACUGUUGACAUCAAUAUGCAAAGAUGCAAUGCAGCAGCAUUACAGGAACGGAGUAGCAUGUUAGCAGCAUUCAUAAGAAAUAUGAAUGAAACAAAUUAUGUACCAAGGGAGAACACAAAGAGAAUAAGGAUAGAGCUCAUUUUAGUGCAAAGUGUUCAAUGUAUUGCAAACCUGUAGUGUCUAGGGUUCAACCAAAUGGUUAAAGAAAGUAGCUGGUCAGGACUAUGGUCAUAUGGGAUGUUAGACUUAUGCACCUGUAAUGAAAAUAUUUUAAAAUUUGUUCCAUUCUUUUUCUGAUUCAGCAAGAGACAUUCGCGUAUGUAUUCGCAAGCAAAGGAUGCAUUAUACCGGUGUUAAACUGCAAGGAAUCACUUUAAUGGAAUUAUCUAAAACCUGCGAUGCAAAAUGAAACCAAAUAGUCCAUGACGUGGCAGUACAGAGAGAAAACUAUUAUUUAUUCACUGAAUGGGCUGAUCAGCAGAAUGCCCGAGGGAUUUGCAGACCCAAAACUUUUCAUGCAUCUUUCUUUCCCCUCUCUCCUCUCCCCUUGUCUUUUUCACCAACCCUUAGAACUACCAUUACCUAUUAGCCAGCCUAAGAAUAUAUUUCCUUCUGCAUAAAAAAUUGUCUCCCUUUCUAUACCCAACUAAAUGCAUACCAGUAGCCCUUUCCACCAAUAAGGGGCCAUUUGUUGCUGGGGCCUGCAGAGUAAUCUCAACUUCCUUAGAUCUAUUCAUUUUUGCCAACCCUUAAGAUUUAUACUCCUCUUACUUUCUCAAAAUAAUCUGACUCCAGGCUAUGCUGUUUUGCCAGAAAGAGUUCCAUUUUAAUUUAGCAGAUAGCAAGGAGGAAUAACAUUUAAAUCUUUAUUCAGAGUACCCCUGCCAGAUGAUAGCUGCAAGAAGGUAUCACAAUCCAAACUAUGGGUAUCUUGGAUGAUUUUAUUUAUUUUAUUUAGAGAUGUAGCAUGAAACAGGCCCUCCUGGCCCAACGAGCCCUGGCGCCCAGCAUUUAUCCUGAGCCAAAUCACAGGACAGUUUACAAUGACCAAUUAACCCUCUAACUGUGGGUGCAGACUGCAGCAUCCCGAGGAAACCCAUAAGCUCACGGGAAGAACGUACAAGCUUCCUUAUUGUUCGUGCAGCUUUGGGGCAGGGAGAUGAAGGCACCGAGGCCAGUGAAGGUUGUUGGUGUUGGUCAGUGGGGAUGGCGGGUGAUUUAGGAGUUGGUGAAGAGUUGGGAAGGUCAGUUUGAUGGAGGUGCAGUGAGCUUACUAUGGGGGUGGGAGCAGGAUGAGGUCAGUGGGAUGAAGGAGUGAUUCAUGGGAAGGUAAUGAUGUGGGAGGACGGUCUGUGGGUGAAGGGCUAGUAUGGGUUUGGAAAGGAGGAUGUUGGUGGGUGUGAGGUCACAAUGGGGUACGGAUUGUUAUUGCCCUGUUUCCAAGACUGUCUUACUCUUGGCUUUUGGGCAAUCAGCAAAUGCGUGCCUGGCUGUGGGGCUCUUCCACUCCCUUUCCGGUGGGCAGUGCCUGUUGAUAAAAACAGGAGCGGUGAAUUCGACCCCUGGACCUGUUCCACUGUUCAUCAAAAGCACGGCUGAUCUUCCACCUCCUGCAACAUCCCCACAUUUCCCACUCACUAGUAGCCUAAAAUAAGCAAUCAAUGCUCUGAUUUGACUCCGUGACUGAAUUUACUAAGGUCCACCACUUUCUGAAUGAUACGUGAAACAGAACAAUGCAGCAGGGCAACAUGCCUUUAAGCCAACAACGUCCGGUCAGAAUUACUUGUGAUUUCAUUGACAUAUGGUGUGAAAUGUGUUGCUCUGUGGCAGUGCAAUAGAUACAAAUAUUAUAAAUUCUAGUAAUAAAUAUGUGUUAGAUAAAUAAAUAGUGAAAAAAGAACAGAAUAUUGCAAUAGUGUUCAUGGAUCAUGGAUCGUUCAGAAAUCUGAUUGCAAAGGGAAGUUAUACUAUAUGUGCGUCCGGAGACUCCUGGGAGCAAUGAUGAGAGGGCAUGUUAUGGAUGUUGAGGGUCCUUCGUGAUGGAUGCCGCCUUAUUGAGGCUUCGCCUUUUGAAGAUGUCCUCGGUGGUGGAGAGCGUUGCGCCCGAGAGGGAUCUGGGUGAAUCUACAACUCUCUGCAGACAUUUCACAAACUGUGCAAUGGCAUCUCCAUGAGAGACGGUGAUACAAGAAGUUCGAAUACUCUCCACGAAACAGCUGUAGAAGUUUGCUAGAGUCUUUGGGAACUUACUAAACCUCCUCAAAGUUCGAAUGAAGUAUAGCCGCAGACAUCGGUGCAACAUUAUGUUAGGCCCAGGAUAGAUCUGACUGCUUGUAGUGUCGUUUGCCGAGCUUGGAGACAAGGUCGCAAACGUUUCGUCAGCAGUGGAGGUGCGUAAUUGACUGUUCUUUCUGCCGAGUACUGGUGGUUAUAUUGGUUCAGCUCUUUGUUCUGAUUGGUUGGCUAUCGCUCCGGCCACCAGUCUCCUGCCAACCGGACAACUGAGUGAUCUCUGCUGACCCAUAUCCCAGGUAGUUGAGAGCGUUGGUUCCUGGGAUGUCCGCGAUCCUGCAGGCGCAUCUGAAUAGAUUCGGAUAUUAAUACCAAGGAACUCGAAACUUCUUACCCUCUCCAUUACUGACCAGUUGACGAAAACUAGUGUGCUCUCCCAACUUUGCUGAAGUUCACAAUCAGUUCCUUAGGUCCUUGGUCUUACUAACGUUGAAUGCAAUAUUGUUGUUGUGACAUCACUCAACGUGAUUGUAUAUCAUGUUGUGAUGCCGAAUUAAACUAAUUUCCUUUCCCCCUUUUCCCUGCGCAUGACUCAUAUCCCUUUAUUCCUUGUAUAUUUACCUCUUAAACAGCCGGUCCCAGGUACUCACCAAAAAAAUAUCUACCCCACAAGCACGAGGAAA